AUGUGGCUUUUCACUAGCAAGCCGACCGCCAGCUCAUUAAGUGCGGGCAUUUCGUCUGCCCUGGGGACUGGCGAUGACGUGCUCGCGAACUACAGUAUAGGCGGGGACACCGCAGACACCUCCCCGUUGGCAGAAUUCAGUGGUCCACUCGGUGUGCGAUGGAGCCUUCAAAACGGUGUAUCGCGCAAGACCAACGAUCCAGUUUCGGUCUUUACCUGCACCAACUUUUCCUCACUGCCUAUGGAUGUUAAAGCGACCCUAGCACAGACAGUAAAACGAAUGAAAACUCUUCGUCAUCCCAAUAUCCUCGCCUGGCAGGACGGCACUUCGCUCUCUCUGCCUCUUGAUGCGACCCAAAAACUACCCACCUCUUUUCGAAUAGUAACGGAACGAGUUCUUCCACUGGAAGAGUACCUGCGCACUCAAGCAGAUGGAGCCAAUUUCACGUUCUUCGCUUCCUGGGGAAUCUAUCAGGUUGCUCGCGCUCUCGCCUUCCUUAAUGACGACUGCAAACUCUCCCACAACGCCGUCGGCCCAGGCUCCAUAUUCGUUAACCGUUCGGGCGAGUGGAAACUCUCGCGUCUCGAUUACGUAACCUCGUUGGCCGAUUCCGUUCACCAGGGUGGUGGCUCGUCCUACGAAGCCCCCAGUAGUAAGUCCCUGUCUCCGGUCCACUCCUUUGCAAAACUGUAA